AGUAUAGCGCAACCUACCUGGCCGAGCAGCGUGCACAGUUCACGGUGGUCUAGUUCUAGACGGGCUCGCUGUAUUUGUUUUUACACCGCUUGUUAGGCACAAAAAAAUCAAGCAGACGUAGUGAGGCCAACACAAAUCCCCUACAAAAAGACAAACCCACACGCGAGUGCGACCUUCUUGCUGUCACAUAGCGUUCGCGCAGCUCGUGCAGCUCUACCAUGGGACAAGCCGCGAGCGGGGGCCUCACGCAAGGAGACGUGGAUGAAGUCAUAGCUGCCUCUAAAGGCGUAUUCAACCAGGCUGAGAUAGAGGCGCUGUACAAGCGCUUCCGGGCGCUGGACCGGGGGCGCAAGGGCUACAUAUCCCCGGAGGAGUUCCUCAGUAUCCCCGAGCUGUCCAUCAACCCGCUGGCCCAGCGCCUGGUGCGCUCCGCCGAGUGCCCCAACUUCCGCGACUUUGUCAGGCUGGUGGCGCCCUUCAGCCCGCGCGCCUCGCGAGACGACCGCCUGGCCUUCAUCUUCCAGGUGUACGACGUGGACGGCGAUGGCUACAUCUCUCGGGAAGACAUGGCCAUGAUGCUCAAACAGCUGGCGGGCAGCAGCCUGGGAGAGGAGGACACACACGAAAUCAUCAGCCGCGUGCUAGCGCAGGUGGGCGCCGCCACCGGCUCUUCGCUGGAGCGGCUGGACCUACCCGCCUUCAGGCGCGCGCUGGCGGGCGCCGACCUGUCCAACAUGGUGGUGGAGGUGGGCGUGGACCUCUAGUGCAGCAGGAAUGGAGGCGGAAUGUAGCAGGAGGAGGAGGCUGUAGCAGCAGCAGGAGGCUGUAGCAGCAGCAGGAGCCUGUGGCAGGGGUGGCAGGCGGAGGUGGAGAUCGUGGCAGGGAUGGUCGCGCGUGUGGCAGCGUGUGUCGUGGAGAGAUUGCACCAGCCGGUGCUGUGUGUGGCGGGAUAAGCCAAGUGGCGGGAUAAGCCAAGUUCUUGUCAACACGGGUUCCAAAAGUAAGCCACGCAUGAGACGCGGGGUAUUGAGGCGCCCGCCGGCUGCCAGGCCACUGCUAGAUACCGGUACGGGUGGUUGGUACCGUAGUCAUUGCCAAAGCCCAGGGGGCAUUUGCCAUAGGAUACGUGCUGGCUGAAUUUCGGUGGGUGGGGGCGAUGGGGCAGGGUACAGGGGCAGUCCCAUAGCGUGCAGCGGGUUCCCCUAGACCUCGAAGUUAUAUUUGCAAUGCCAAGGCAGGAGGCAGGGGCGUGGCUGGUACAACGGCGGAGUUACUAGAGAAAUGUAAGCUAGUGUGGCGAGAGUUACUGUACGGUACCGAGACAUCGCUGACUUGCUGGCGGGAACAGGCGACGACAAGAACGUGCGACCAGCAGGUUGCUGCGUCCAGGCCUGGGCUUACGAUGUGCCGAGGGUCUGUGCGUCGAUGUCGCAUCGGGGGUCAGGGGGCGGUGUUGCGGUGUCUAGCGGUGUGUCGGCUGCACCAUCAAGAAUUCAAGAUCUCUUCGACAAUUGUCUGGUCGGCAAUGCACCCCGGGUCUGGGAACGUCGGGAGCUCGCCGGCCGUGGGGGGGUUGGGUGUCGGAUAGGCAUUACCGCAUCAGGUUAGGCGGGUGAAUGAGGUUGUAUGAAGCAUUGAUGGGGUGGUGGCGUGAUGAGCGGUGGGCGUGGAAUUGUCAUCAGGAGUUGAGCAGAAGGCGAGGAGAUCCCUGAUUGGCCAUUGUUGAGGACUUGAGGACAGCCACUGAGGGCAACAUGGCAUCGGCGCGUCGCUUGCUUCAAGUCCCCGUUUUGCGAAAACGCAGAGCGCAGCUGAGGGAAGCGUACGGGGACUGGGAUGGGGAGGGGUGGGGAAGAUGGGGGGUGGUGGGCGCGGCUGUCAAACGUGUGACCGUCCGUAGCAUCUAUCGCGCAGGAGUGCGUGAGUGUAGUCAGCUUGACGACAUGAUAAUGUAUGGCGUGAAGGGCCUUGCCGAAGGCAACUCCAAAGCCCUGCUCGGACGCGGACAUGUACCGCGUGGGCAUGCGAGCGAGCAAAGAAAGGAGCCGGCGCGGUUUGAAGGCGACAGGGGCACACCACAAGCCGCAUUGCCUACAGCGACUGUUUUCGGGAUGUGUGUGGGCGAAUAAACAAAGUGC